AGCAUGGCCGAUAACCGGCACUUGAUGAUGGCCAACCCCAUGUUGAUGUCUCCUCCAUUGAAUCCCCAGUCGGCACACAUGCCACAACAAAUGGGAACCAGUAGAUUGGCCCCUCCGAGAAUGCAAAGAUCACUAGUCAACGACCCCGAGAUCCAACACAAGAUUCAGCUGUUCACCAAUCUCAGAGCCGUGAUUGCGUCGGGAAACAAGUCCUACGAGUACAGACUCAAGUGGGUCAAAAUGUUGAUCAAUGCUACCAACUAUCGGUUGUACGUUUAUAUCAACAUCAAAGGUGAACCCAUUGCAUCCAGUGAUGCUACCGCCAACAAGGAGUUAUUCAUCAAGUCGGCCAGUCAGCAUAUUGUUAAGCUCAUUCGAGACGUCGAUUCUGCCAACCAAAAGCUCACUGACGACAUCAGGUCAGACAUCUGCUUAGUGUACGCCAACAUUUUAUCCCACCACUACCACACUCUCUACGAGCAAAGUUUUGGCAUGCAAAAGGACAUCGAUGGAGCAAUUGCCUGGUACGAACGAGCCAUUAUCUUCAAUCCCAGCAACUUUAAAGCCCACUAUGUUCUUGGAGACCUUUACGAGUACGAAGUCAACAAUGGCUUCGACCAGGCGUUGAUCUACUACCGGCAAUCGGCCAAGUUGGGCUAUAACAGGGCCAUCUAUAAGAUGGCAUUGAUGUACUUGAAUAUUCCGUCCAUCAGAUCCCACAAGUUCAUAAAGAUCUUACGGGAUUUGUGCAACAUCGAGGUGGAAAAAACCGAGCUCGACGACGACGACAAGCAGGAGUUGACCGAGAUCAUUGCCUCUGCCUCGUACGAAUUGGGUAAGGUUUAUGAAGGGGUAUACCCUGGUGACUUGACGGUUGAAGAUGACUUUAUCCAAAAGUGCUUGGAAAUCGUCCCCGUCAACUACGGUAAGGCGUUGUCAUACUACAACAAGUCUGCCAAGCUCAACUAUCCCGUGGGACUCGUAAAGCUUGGCCGGGUGUAUGAGUUUGGUGAGUUGAACCGGACCAAAAACCCCCAUAAAUCCAUCCAGUGGUACUUGAAAGCUGUCAGCUCGCCAUUACCAUUCAGGCGUAAUCCAGACGCUAUGAUAGGCUUGAGCAGGUGGUACUUGAGUGGAUCCAACGGUGAGAGCAAGCACAUUCCACAACCGAAUCCUGAAAGAGCUCUCAAAUGGUGCGAGAGAGCCAUCAAAGAGUCCAACUCACCUGAUGCUUAUUACCAGAUGGCUCAGCUCGCCGAUGCUGGACUCAGCAACCAGCCAGCCACUUACUGGUGUCAGAAGGCCGCCGCCGUCAGCGACCCUGUUCAAGCAUAAUUCUACAUAUCCUCAUCUCUUCAUAUAUAGAUAAAAUUACUGCCUAAUGAUUAUCUCCCUGCG